AUGUCAGACAUGCGUUUGCCACCGGUCUCCGCAAACUGGAAUGCUGCGAUUCGAAGCUGUGCUACAGCACUACGCUGGGAUGUUGCACUCGUGCUCUUAGAAGGUCUGGUGGCAUCGGGCUUGCAAGCUGAUGUGAUGUCCUUCACCUCGCUGCUGGGAGGUUGUGGCACCCCAAGCACCUGGUCAAUGGCCCAGUCUGUGCUCGCCCACAUGCAGAGUGAGGCCAUCGAGGGAGACAUCGUCUCGGCCAACGCGGCGGGCAAUGUGUGUGCACAAGGAGGUCGUUGGGAGAAUGCUUGGAGCCUUUUUGAGGACUCCUGCCGCCAGUCAAUCCAAGCUGAUCAAGGUUUAGUCAGUGCCAUUCUCAGCGGGACGAGGGCGGAUGAAGAUCCCCAGAGUUGGAUCUUCGCCGUGGAUUUGCUGGGCGGCAUGGAGGACCGCGUGAAGACGUGCGGCGGGAACCCGAAUGCGCCACAGUUGCGCAGCGCUUGGCAAAGUGUGCGGCGAUGGCAGGAAGCCUUGGUGCUCUUCGAUGCGUUGCCCUGUCGGCGCUUUCCGCCGGAUGGCUUUGCACACGUGGCUGGCCUGGCCUCCAAGCGACGAGGCAGUUGGUCCUCUGCAGGGCGACUUUUGCAUUCCUUGCAAGACCGAUGGGUGGAAGCCACGGUGCAUAGUCAUGGUGCAGCAAUGAGCCUCUUGGCACGCGAUGGUCACUGGCAAAAGUCCUUAGACUUCCUCAGCUGUGGCCACGCCCGACGCAUGGCCCUCACGGUGAGCGCCGCGAAGAGUUCCGCGGUGAACGCCUGCAAGGAGGUGGGUGACUGGUCGCAGGCACUGUCACUGCUUUGGGAGAUGUCCACCUCGGACGAGAAGAUCUUGCAAUUCUCUUGGGGUGCAGCCAUUAGCGCAUGCCGAAGCGAAUGGAUAUUGGCUGCAGAACUCUUGUGUAAGAUGUUCACUGCAUCGCUCCAAGUGGAGAUGGUCUCCAGCACUGCCGCUGCGGCGGCCGCCCUGGCCGAAUCCUGGAGGAUUGCGGUGUCCAUGCUCAGCUCGUCUCAUCGCCUGCGCAUGGACAUGGACGAGAAGAGUUUUUUUGCUGGCGUUCAACGGACUGCGGAACAGCCAGCAGUGCAUGGACGUGCUGGAGGAUUUUGA